AUGGAAAAUGAAACAGACAUAAUACUGGGGACUUCUAAAGAAACUUUUCCCUGUAUUGAAAACAUAUGGACAGUAACACAGAGGCAGAAUAAUGAUGAAAUAAAAUAUAAAGAAAAAAAGGGUUCUAACACAAUAAACAGGGAAAGUGAAACUGACGUUUGUAUUUCAAGUGAAGAUGAUACAAAUACCAUUCAAAAAGUCGAAGACUUGGAUUUUGUAGACAAAAUAAAAACAGGAAAUAAUGAACACAUUGUUUCAGAAAAUGAAGGCAAAGCAGAAGAGAAAAUAUGUAUGUAUAUACAGACAAAUGUGGCUUCACAUGGCAUAAGUAGUGAAGAGGGUACCACUACCAGCCACAAACAGGAAGAUAAAUCAUUCCAUUGUAAUCAAUGUAACAAAAAAUGUAGGAGUUUGAAGUCCCUUAAUAAUCACAGAAAAAUACACACAGCAGGAAAAAUCUAUAGCUGUAGCCUGUGUGGAGAAAUUUUUCCAAAGAAUUAUCUUCUGAAAGAACACAUGAUAACUCACAAUGCAAAGUGUGAAUGUGUUGUAUGUGGAAAGAGUUUUAAUCAGCAGAUCAAAUUGAAAAGGCACAUGUCAAUACACAAAAGAAAUAAAUCCCACAUUUGUAGUAUGUGUAAUAAAGCAUUUAGUGACAAGCGGAGCAAAGAAAGGCAUAUGCUGAUUGCAUGUCCAAAGCUUCCAAAGAACAACAGUGUUGUUCAGCAUUUCAAGACACACAAGGGUAUUUGGCCAUAUGCAUAUUUGUAUAAGAAAGGUAAUGAAAAUAAGACAAAACAGUUUAUAGAUAAAGAUUUUCAACUACACACUACUGAUCAAACAUUUUGUACCUCAAUCAAAGAUGAAGAUAUGAUAAUCAAAGAUUCAGAAAAUGCUUGCUCAGCUCUUUCUGAUGAAGAAUUGCAUUCUGAAGACUGGCAGGUUGUUGGAUUUACAACACAUGACUCAGAAAUGAUAACUGACGAUACUGUAUCUGAUCAUUUUAAACUGAAGGACACGAAAACCCAAAACAAUGAAUCAGAUGUUUUAGUUCAGACAAAUGAAGAAAUGUAUACAAAGGAACCAGAACCAGUAUCUUCUGUGAGCACAAAAGAUGAAACCGCAGUUGCAAAAGAUUUAAAAUCUGAUAAUGAAAUGAAGAAAAUCACAGAGACAUAUGAUAAAGAUUCAAUCUCUUCUAUUCCAACAAAAACAGAUACAUGUACAACAAUAAAUAACAAAACUUUCACAACUGAUUGCAGAAUAGAGGGGAUGGAUAUCAAAGAAUCAUCCUGUCCUAAUGAAAUGAUGAACCAAGCUGAGAAAGAAAUAGAAAUAAGUUCUGAACAAGAUGACUCUUCAUCAGAGAAAGAUUUAGAACAUAUGAAUGAAGAUCCAAUAUCUAAACAUUUAUCAAGGAAAACCAAAGAAACACAAAAUUGUUUGAAAAAUCAAAUGCAACGACACUCAAGUGAAAAACCAUACACCUGCAAUACAUGUGGUGUAGUAUUUACAAAUAAACGUAAGUUUGAUACACACAUGAGAACACACUUAAAUAGGAUGAAAUAUACUUGUGAUUUUUGUAGCAAACAGGUUUCAAGGAUUGAUGUGUUUAAGAGACACAUGAGAACACAUGCAGACUUACAUGGUGUUACAUGUACAACAUCUGAUUAUCUUGAGCCUAAAGACAUAGAAGCUCAUGACAAAAAAUCAGAUCUUGUAAUGCAGACUACAGAAGAAGUGCAUACCGGUACAAAUGAACAAGAACCAGUUUCUUCUCCGAGGAAAAAAGAAACAGUUGCAAAGGAUUAUCAAUCUGAAUUUAAUACGAAGACUAUUAUAAAACUAGAUGAUAAAGAUUCAAAAUCUUUAGUUCGAACAAGGAGAAAUACUAAAUAUAAUAACAAGAACCUCACAGCUGAUGGUAAUACAGAAUAUCUAAAUAAAGAUCCAUCAUCUUAUUCAUCAAUAAAGAAGAAAAAAGGGACACAAAAUAUGAAGUCAACAUCUCCAUGUCAAGCAAAAAAUGGAGAAAUGAAUACUCCAUUGCUUGGAAAUAAAGAGAGUCAAAAAUCUACCAACAAUGUAAAUAAACCAUAUGUUUGUAAUUUGUGUAGUAAAGGAUUUUCACGAACUGAUACACUAAGAGUACAUAUCAAAUCACAUUCAGGUCAGAAACCUUUCUUAUGCUCUUUUUGUGGUAAAACAUUUCUCUCAAAUCAGCAUUUGGGUGUUCAUUUGUUGUCACAUUCUGAUGAAAAGCCUUUCAAAUGCAGCACAUGUGGUAAAAGAUUUAAAGCAAGCAAUAGAAUGAAAGUUCACAUGCGACAGCACUCAGGUGAAACACCGUACUUAUGCAUUACUUGCGGUGAAAGUUUUUCUUACCGUAGGCAUCUACAGGAACAUAUGACUGAACAUACAGGAAAGAAGCCUCACAGCUGUUCUACAUGUGGCAAAGGCUUUAUUGAAAAUUGUGAGUUACAAGCCCAUAUGAGAACUCACUCAGGUGAGAGACCACACUCAUGCACCAUAUGUGGUUCAGCAUUUGCAGAUAAACGUAAUCUUAAUAGGCAUGUUAAAAGACACAUAGAAGGGAUGAAGUAUACCUGUAAUGUUUGUGGCAAGAAGGUAUCAAGAGUUGAUGCAUUAAACAGACACAUGAGAAAGCAUACAGAUUUACGUGAGAAAUCUAACAUGUGCAAGUUAUGUGGUAAAGGUUUCUACAUGAAUCAACACCUAAUUAAUCAUAUGAAAACCCAUGCUUGAAGAAAUUGGUAGAAUGACACUUAGAUGAAAAGAAAAAAUAAUGGUUUAACUGUUGACAUAGUAUCAUCAAAAUUUAUUUAACAUUAAUCAACUUGUACAUGAAAGGCAUAAAAUCAAACAAAAUUAAUGAUUUUGUAGAUAUAUUAACUGUUUUAAUCAUUUUUUCCAAGGUAUAAUACAAUGUAGUUCACCUGUCUGAAAUUUCUAUAUGAAUAUUUGCCUUCAAUUUCUUCCUUUAUUUCUAAUAUUUCCAUAAAAAAAUCUUUAUGUGGGGGUAUACAUCAAUGAGGCAACAUCUUACAUGUAAGUCACAAAAACCUUAACAAAUCAUGAGAUCAAAAUACUGUCUGCACAAGUAGACAGGUGUCUUUUUAAUAUUUUAUGCUCUUAACCUCAUAAUCAGUUUAUCACUACUAAAAAAUUAGGUGAAUACAUUUAUAAAAGACUGUCAAAUAUAAUUGUAGUCAAACUAAGUUUGAACCUCAAACUAAUUGCAACAGAAAACGCUUUAGUUCUAAUCUGUAGCAUUAAGCCCAAAAUAUACACAGAAAAACGUGCCAUAUAUUUAAAAAUCUAACUUGAGGAAGACUCAAAUUUUGCAUUUCUAAUUAAUGGAAAUUAAACAUUGAAAAGGGAGAUAACUGCAAAAAUUAGUACUUUUUUUGUUAGUUUUGGGUUAACUUUCUUAAAAUUCAUUUAAAAUAUGAUACUUUGAUGGGGUACAUCAUAUAAUCUUCUGCUCAUGAAAUGUACAAAAUUGAAGUGUUAUGGGCAUUUUUUUGCACAUUUUUCAUUAAAGAACCUGCAAAUUUAUGGCUUUGUGACCAUUUUGAAAAAAUAAUGUGAAUAUUUGGUAUUGUAAUAUAAGAAAUAGGAUAACUAUAUAUAGUUAUAUACAUGUAUUUGGUAUGUGCGUACCUUGCAAGGUCCUCAUGCCCGUCAGACAGUUUUCACUUGACCUUGACCUCAUUUCAUGGAUCAGUGAACAAGGUUAAGUUUUGGUGGAUCAAGUCCAUGUCUCAGAUACUAUAAGCAAUAGGACUAGUAUAUUCGGUGUAUGGAAGGACUGUAAGGUGUACAUGUCCAACUGACAGGUGUCAUCUGACCUUGACCUCAUUUUCAUGGUACAGUGGUUAUAGUUAAGUUUUUGUGUUUUGGUCUGUUUUUCUCAUACUUUAUGCAAUAUAUCUACUAUAUUUGUUGUAUUGAAUGAUUGUAAGGUGUAAAUGUCUAGCGGGCAGAUGUCAUGUGACCUUGACCUCAUUUUCAUGGUUGAGUGGUCAAAGUUAAGUUUUUGAGUUUUGGUCUUUUUAUCUAAUACUAUAUGUCAUAGGUCAACUAUAUUUGGUGUAUGGAAAUAUUCUAUGAUCUAUAUGUCAGUCGCACAUGUUUUAUUUGACCUUGUCCUCAUUUUCAUGGUCCAUUGCUUAGUGUUAAGUUUUUGUGUUUUGGUCUAUUUUUUUAAAACUAUAAGUAAUGGGUCAACUUUAUUUGUUGUAUGGAAGCAUUGUUAGCUGUACAUGUUUGCCUGGCAUGGUUCAUCUCACCUUGACCUCAUUUUCAUGGUUCAUUGGUCUUUGUUUAGUUAUCUUGGUUAAUGUUAAGUUUAUGUGACACUUUUUAAUAAAGCUUUAUACUUAGGACUAUCAACAUAAUAUCAAUGAUUAGUAAAGAAGGCAAGACAUUUCAGCGUGUGCACUCUUGUUGUGUUUUGGUCUGUUUUUCUUAAAGUAUAAGCAAUAGGUCAACUAUAUUUGUUGUAUGGAAGAAUUGUAAGCUGAAUAUGCCUGCCUGGCAUGGUUCAUCUGAUGUCUGUUUCUAUGAUACUAUUCAACAAUCAACAAUUUAAACCCAUUAUCAACAUUGUCAGCUAUUAAAGUCCACUAAAUAAAAAAUAUAAUAUACAGCAACAAACACCAACCAUUGAAAUACA